AUGUCAAUCGGAGAAACUAGUCGACCCGUCACGCUAGCCAUCAUUGGCGCUGGUCAGCGUGGUAGUGCUUAUGCUGCAUAUGCGGCAAAGUACCCCGACUUAUGCAAAGUGGUUGCAGUGGCGGAUCCGUGGAAGUUUCGUCGCGAAAAGAUGAGCAAGAUGCACAAUGUACCGAAAGAAAACCAGUAUGAUGGCUGGAAGAGCUUCUCUGAGGCAGGCAAGAUUUGCGACGCUGUCGCGAUCUGCACUAUGGACGAUACGCACGCCGAAGUGGUGAGCGUAUUUGCACCGCUUGGAUAUCACAUCCUUUGCGAAAAGCCAAUGGCGAACUCGAUCAAGGACUGCGUAACCAUGGUCAACAGCGUCCGUGACACGGAUCUCAUCUUCGGUAUUGGCCACGUAAUGCGUUACUCUCCCUACAACCGCGCAGUCAAAGAGGUGCUCGAGUCGGGCAUCCUUGGAGAUAUCAUCAACAUCCAGCACAUCGAACCCGUAGGAUGGCAGCACUUUGCGCAUUCGUACGUACGCGGCAACUGGCGAAACGAGGCGACGACGAGCUUCUCUCUGAUGGCCAAGUGUUGCCACGAUCUGGAUAUCCUUUCGUACUACAUGGGCAAGGAUGCUCCCAGGAGGGUCUCGUCGUUUGGCUCGCUAGCACAUUUCAAGCCGAGCAAGAAGCCAAAGGAGGCUGGAAACGCCAAGAGAUGCACAGACUGCGCAUACGAGCGAAAGUGCCCGUACAGCGCCAAGAAGAUCUACCUUGAGCCUGUCAUGAGUGACGCCGAGGACCCCGAACGUUGGGCGCAACAUAUCACCGAUGUGGUCGACAUUGAAAAUGUGGGCAAAGCCAUCGCAGAGGGACCGUAUGGGCUUUGCGUUUACAACGGACAGAACGACGUUGCCGACAACCAAGUGGUCAACAUCGAGUUUGAAUCAGGCGCUACGGCUAGUAUCACCAUGGUCGCUUUCUCCGAGGUGGUGUGCAACCGAUCUACACGCAUCCAUGGUACUCGCGGCGAAUUGAUUGGCAACAUGGAGUCGUUCACCGUGUUUGACUUUUCGACGCAGGAAAAGAAGACGGUGACGCCAGAGCACGAAGGAGGAGGUCACGGAGGUGGAGAUCUGGGCUUAGCAAGGGCCUUCGUCAAGGCAGUGGCCGACAAGGAUGCCAAACAUUUGGGCGUGACACCAGAGGACGUGCUAAGGAGUCAUCUGAUGGUGUUCGCGUCCGAGGCAUCUAGAAAGCAGAGCAAGGUGAUUGACUAUGUCGAGUUUGAGAAGGAGCAAAAGGCCAUGUACAGCAAGUGA